AACAAACCUCCCCAGCUUCCCCUCACAACCCUUUGUCACUUCUUCUCUAUAAAUCCGCAGACAGAGACAGACUUCAGUCUGCUGAUAGAUCUUCUCGGUCGAUUCUUUAAAGUCGCACUGUGGGAGAUCCUUAGCCAUGCGUGAGUGUAUCUCCAUCCAUGUCGGCCAGGCCGGUGUCCAGAUGGGCAAUGCAUGCUGGGAGCUGUACUGCUUGGAACAUGGCAUCCAGCCCGAUGGACAGAUGCCCAGUGACAAGACCAUCGGAGGGGGCGAUGACUCCUUCAACACCUUCUUCAGUGAGACUGGAGCGGGGAAGCAUGUCCCACGAGCCGUCUUUGUCGAUCUAGAGCCAACUGUGAUCGAUGAGGUCCGCACUGGUACCUAUCGGCAGCUGUUCCACCCCGAGCAGCUCAUCACCGGCAAGGAAGAUGCCGCCAACAACUAUGCCCGUGGGCACUACACCAUUGGCAAGGAGCUGAUCGACCUGGUUCUGGAUAGACUUCGCAAGCUGGCUGACCAGUGUACAGGACUCCAGGGUUUCCUCAUCUUCCACAGCUUUGGUGGAGGCACCGGCUCCGGUUUCACUUCCCUGCUGAUGGAACGUCUCUCCGUUGACUACGGCAAGAAGUCCAAGCUGGAGUUCUCCAUCUACCCAGCUCCUCAGAUCUCCACCGCAGUGGUGGAGCCCUACAACUCCAUCCUGACCACCCACACCACCCUGGAGCACUCAGACUGCGCCUUCAUGGUGGACAAUGAAGCCAUCUACGAUAUCUGCCGCAGAAACCUGGACAUUGAGCGACCGACAUACACCAAUUUGAAUCGACUCAUUGGUCAGAUUGUGUCCUCCAUCACGGCCUCCCUUCGCUUUGAUGGUGCCUUGAAUGUUGAUCUGACAGAGUUCCAGACCAAUUUAGUCCCAUACCCGCGCAUCCACUUCCCUCUAGCUACCUAUGCCCCUGUAAUCUCAGCUGAGAAGGCUUAUCACGAACAACUGUCUGUGGCCGAGAUCACCAAUGCCUGCUUUGAGCCGGCCAACCAGAUGGUCAAGUGUGACCCUCGCCAUGGCAAGUACAUGGCUUGUUGUCUGCUUUACCGCGGUGACGUGGUGCCAAAAGAUGUCAAUGCUGCCAUCGCCACCAUUAAGACCAAACGUACCAUCCAGUUUGUGGACUGGUGCCCGACUGGGUUCAAGGUUGGCAUCAACUACCAGCCUCCCACUGUGGUGCCCGGUGGUGACCUGGCCAAGGUGCAGCGUGCAGUGUGUAUGCUGAGCAACACCACUGCCAUCGCUGAGGCUUGGGCACGUCUUGACCACAAGUUUGACCUGAUGUACGCCAAGAGAGCCUUCGUGCACUGGUACGUGGGGGAGGGGAUGGAGGAGGGAGAGUUCUCCGAGGCCCGUGAAGACAUGGCAGCCUUGGAGAAGGAUUACGAGGAAGUUGGCACUGACACUAUAGAUGGGGAAGGUGAGGCAGAAGGAGAGGAAUAUUAGUCUGCAGAAAGUAGUCCAGAUGGUGAUAAAUAUGGGAUCAAUAGCAUGAUAUGAUUCAACGUAAACUUUGAA